CUAUUACUAUUACUGUUACUACGCUGGUCUUGCGAUUGUUCUUCACCGGCCAGCCUUUUCGUGACUCCACCUAUCAAUUCUCCUUCUCCUUCUUCUAUCCUUCUUCUCUCCUAUCUUUCUUCUUCUUCCUUCUUUCACUUCUUCUUUUUCCACCCAUUUUCUUGCUCUUGAAUCUCUUCCCCACUUUUGGUGAGUGCUUCCCGAGCCCAUCCCGCUCUCUCCCCGGACUUCAUUUUGCGCUGGAAAUGUAAAUUGCUUUGGCUAACAUAUGCACUCCAACAAGUUAGAGCACAGAGUAUAUAGCAAAAAUGGCCAAGGUUGAUCAAAAGGUCGCCCUCAUCGUCAUCGAUGGCUGGGGUGUCGCCGGUCCCAACUCCCCCAAGGACGGCGAUGCUAUCGCUGCCGCUGAGACUCCCUUCAUGUCCGGCUUCGCUGAGGCCGACUCGAAGACUGCUCAGGGUUACACCGAACUCGAUGCUUCCUCCCUCGCUGUCGGUCUGCCGGAGGGUCUCAUGGGCAACAGUGAGGUCGGUCACUUGAACAUUGGUGCUGGCCGUGUCGUUUGGCAGGACAGUGUCCGCAUUGACCAGACCCUCAAGAAGGGUGAGCUGGGCAAGGUGGACAACAUCGUCGCUUCCUUCAAGCGCGCCAAGGAGGGUAACGGCCGUCUGCACCUGUUGGGUCUGGUUUCGGAUGGUGGUGUCCACUCCAACAUCACCCACCUGGUCGGUCUGCUGAAGGUCGCCAAGGAGAUGGAGAUUCCUCAGGUCUUCAUCCACUUCUUCGGCGACGGCCGUGACACCGAGCCCAAGAGCGCUACCAAGUACAUGCAGCAACUGCUCGACCAGGCCAAGGAGAUCGGUGUUGGUGAGAUCGCUACCGUUGUCGGACGUUACUGGGCUAUGGACCGCGACAAGCGCUGGGACCGGGUCGAGAUCGCCAUGAAGGGUAUCGUCUCGGGCGAGGGUGAGGAGAGCUCUGACCCCAUCAAGACCAUCAAUGAGCGCUAUGAGAACAAGGAGACCGAUGAGUUCCUGAAGCCCAUCAUUGUUGGCGGCAAGGACAGACGUGUGCAGGAUGGCGACACUCUCUUCUUCUUCAACUACCGUUCCGACCGUGUUCGUGAGAUCACUCAGCUGCUGGGUGACUACGACCGCUCUCCCAAGCCCGAGUUCCCUUACCCCAAGGACAUCCACAUCACCACCAUGACCCGGUACAAGACCGACUACACCUUCCCUGUUGCCUUCCCUCCCCAGCACAUGGGUAACGUGUUGGCCGAGUGGCUGGGCAAGAAGGAGGUUAAGCAGUGCCACGUUGCCGAGACUGAGAAGUACGCUCACGUUACUUUCUUCUUCAACGGUGGUGUUGAGAAGCAGUUCCCCGGCGAGGUCCGCGACAUGAUCCCGUCUCCCAAGGUUGCCACCUAUGACCUCGAGCCUAAGAUGAGCGCUGCCGCCGUGGGUGACAAGAUGGCCGAGCGCCUUGGCGAGGGCAACUUCGAGUUUGUCAUGAACAACUUUGCUCCCCCCGACAUGGUUGGUCACACUGGUGUCUACGAGGCUGCCAUCCAGGGUGUUGCUGCCACCGACAAGGCCAUCGGUGUCAUCUACGAGGCCUGCAAGAAGCACGGCUACAUCCUGUUCAUCACCGCCGACCAUGGAAACGCUGAGGAGAUGCUUACCGAGAAGGGCACCCCCAAGACCUCCCACACCACCAACAAGGUUCCCUUCGUCAUGGCCAACGCCCCCGAGGGCUGGAGCCUCAAGAAGGAGGAGGGUGUUCUGGGAGAUGUUGCUCCCACCGUCCUGGCCGCCAUGGGCAUCGAGCAGCCCGAGGAGAUGUCCGGCCGCAGCCUUUUGGUCAAGGCAUAAAUUUAGCGUAUAGAGUAGAUGUCAUGUAUUGUCUGGAUACGAUUCCAUUGUGAUGAAGAAAUGAAUUAUUACGGUGUCUAUACUGGGGUUUAGCUUUGGAGCGAGAUAGAACAAGAUUUGUUUAUUUUCAGUUUCUCCCAUCCUCUUAUACAAGCGUACUUCCGGUUGUACCUUGAGGGGUACAUCGUAUCUCGAUCAGCCACAGCACCCAUACAGGGUAGGUAUCACACUUCGGUCGACGGACAGCCCGAUCGACUACGUAUCCGUAUAGUCUUCUGAGAAUAUUCGCAACGAUCAUUAACAAGGGUAUCUAGAACCUCUCAACCUCGUAGUGCUGGGCCAAGAUUGGCCACCGCACAAAGUAGCUCUGCGCUGCCGUCGGUGCUUGUUCGUCUUCUUCUUCUCGCACGACCCCCAAGGCGACGUGCAUCAUCGCCUUCGAGGACCGGUCGGGU